UCAGCUGUCAGAACUGUCAGUGUCUAUUGAUUCUGCCAAAAUUAAAUGGACAAAAUAUACAUAUUGAAUAAAUAAAUAUUGUUGGUAUUAGUAUUAUUGCACAACUUUUUUGUGAUAUGUGUUUAGUGACGACGCCUAGACGCAGGCUAAUCAAAUACUUUUUCGGCAAGUUGAGGAAUAUUCAAUUACACUAAAUUUCAAUAUGCCUAGUUCUCUUCUUUUUGGAAUUAAUAACGAAGGCCGUGUGCACACUCUCAAAACUACUGGCUCCAUUUGGAGAGAACUACCAUACGGCGGACAGGAGUUCAAGAAACUAUCUACGGUGCCCCAUUUCCUCUGGGCCCUGGGAGGCGAUCACCAGAUCUAUGUUUACGUUUAUGGACUUGAUGUCCCUAUCAGAGUAACGGAAGAAGCCUAUGAGAAUGAGAGAUGGUUACCAAUCGAGGGAUUUUCAUCUAGACUCUUACCUACCGAUCGAUGCCACUUUUCGAACGCGGAUGGCACUGUAGAUAGAUCAAUUGACAAAAUCAGACUGCCUUCCAUGGCCUGGCAGUGGGAUGGCGAUUGGCAGAAAGAAUUGACUCUGAAUGGUCAGCCUCUUGACCAUAAUGGCUGGACGUAUGCUGUUGAUUUUCCUAGUACCUAUCAUUCCCAAAAACAGUGGAAGAGCUGUGUACGAAGAAGGUUGUGGGUCAGAUCUAGGAGAUAUAGUGCCAUGAAUUCUUGGUGUGCUAUAGCUCCCUUGCAUAAAGAUGCUACUACGGAACCCUUUAUUGAUAUCUGCAUUGGUGGCCAAAAUGUUGCAGGAGCUGAUGCUGGUACUAUGCUAGUUUGGGCAGUAACUUCACACAACCGAGUUAUGUUUCGAACAUGCGUCAGUACCAAAUCCCCAGAGGGGGCCAGAUGGAAUCACAUUCAAACGCCAACGAAUUGCGAGGUCAAUCAGAUCAGUGUUGGCCCCACUGGGCUGUUGUGGGCAUCUUUAUUGGACGGACGGGCAUUAGUUAGAAUAGGAGUAACUCGUGAUAAUUUGCAAGGGGAAACUUGGGUGGAGGUCAGAAGCCCAAGUCCUGAUCUGAAAAUAACACAGAUUUCUGUUGGAACGUGUGCCGUUUGGGCCAUAACGCAAGAUAAACAGAUUUGGUUCAGGAAAGGUGUCAAAGGAGAAGCAGUUAGCAUGAGCGAAGAUCUAUCUACUGGUUGUGGUUGGGUUGAAAUGGUUGGUAGAAUGGUACAAGUAUCUGUCGCAGCCAAUGAUCAAGUUUUUGCUGUGGGUGCUGAUGAUCGACUGAUAUAUCACAGAACAGGAGUGUGUCUUGAGGAUCUAACUGGAAAACGUUGGCGGGCUCUACGAGCUGCAUUGCAAGUCAGCCGAGCUAGUAGCAAUGCUAGUUUGAAUAGAGACAAGUUCCAUCAGAGCUUCAGUAAUUUAGUCCAGCCCCGACCCAGCAGUAUGGUCGAGCAGUCAGCUAUAAAGGAAUGGCAAGACCAUGCUCAUUCAGCUCCCAGUGCUCCUGCUUCACUGCCUGUAGGAGACUUGGGCACUAAAUAUGAGAUUCAACCAAAAAACCCAAAGGCUUGGAGUCCCGUACAUUCGGUCGGUUCCAUAGUUGGUAUGGAAGUACAUCCUGAAACGGACGAGAGUGUUUGGAGUGAAUCCAGUAGAGAUUCCUGUAUUUUUGCAGAUGACGAAGAACUUGGAUGGGCGGAAUAUGAGGCCCCAUGGUCCUGCGUGGAAUCAGGUGCCUGCACAAUUGACAUCACUCAACUUCCGAAUUGGUUCGGAGAAUCUGGCUGCGCUAAUACUUCCGAGGAGUUGGAUCAACCUUGGAGGGAAAAGAUAUUAGAAGAUUUGAAAUCCCGGCUUCAGUCUUCAGAUUCUUUUUCCAAGUACGAACCAGCUGUCGAUACAACUUCAUGGACACAUUCUGGUGAAGCCAGAGUGAAGAUGGGUUCGUCUGGCUUUGUGGAUUGUAUCUUGCAAAUAGAAUGGGUUCAAAACACUGGAGCUUUGACCAUUUUGAAUCCGGAUGGAGCAUCUGCCAUGUAUUCCUUCAGUCUCAGCGACGUAACUUGUGUACAAUUGUGUAGCGAUCCUGGAAAUCCUCGUUUAGCGGUACAUAUUCCAAGACAUCAGACACCGGUUAUUAAACUGCAAUUUAGCAGUGAUGCUCUGCUUGAGGAAUGGCAGUCACAUUUCUCAAGUACCUGUGGAAAAAUUCAUGAAACUUCAGGUAAACCAAGUGAUGAAAGUAUAUGGGCAGUGACAGGUCUUGGAGAUGUAUUCGUUUGGGAUCCCACCAAAUUAGAAUCCAACCAACUGCGAGAAGAUGACUUUUACGUUCAGAAAUAUGAUCUUAGCAAAAAAGAAUCUCCAUUCAGGGUCGCGUUACAUGUCGGUUGCAUUCCAGGCACGGUGAUAACCCUGACCGGUUAUAUUUCCGACAAGGCAGAGCGUAUCGCUAUAAACUUAGACGCUCCGGUAACUUACAAAGUCAAGCACAAAUCCCAUGCCGAGCUAGAAAAUACCUGCCUGCACAUAAAUCCACGUUUCACCGAAGGAGUUGUAGUUAGGAAUUCGAUGAGUGAAGGAAAGUGGGGUGCAGAGGAAAAGGAUGGUCGUAAUCCUUUCGUACCCGGUCAAGAAUUCCAUCUGAAAAUUGAGACUACUGAAGACGCCUACCUAAUUUACGUGAACGAUCAAAAUUUCACGUCCUUCAGGCACCGGUUGCCACCACAUUCAGUAUCUGUUCUGAGCUACUGGGGAAAAAUGCAGCCCCUCAAAUUGGUUAUCAAAAGCCCUGUGCUGAUAAUUGAUAUGUUGGACUUGUAUUGGAGGCAACUUGGUGGCGGACAUUUGAAAAAAGUGGAAAGUUGUCAGGUGGGGGUGACUUGGGGCAUCGGUUAUGAUCACACAGCGUGGGUCUACACGGGCGGUUGGGGUGGAGGAUUUUUAGGUACCUUGGACAGCCUCAAUGUUCAUCCGAUGACUGAUUCACAGGACUCCAGGGUUUAUGAAAACCAGAGGUGGAAUCCUGUUACUGGUUAUACUUCAACAGGUUUACCAACAGAUAGAUAUAUGUGGAGUGAUGUUGGUCAUAUAUGGGAACACGUAAAUACCGAUCAACCCCUGAACAGUAUCAGUUGUGGUCCGUUCAAUAAAGUUUGGGCCACAGGUAAAAACGGCUGUGCAUAUUUCCGAGUGGGUAUAACUGAAGAAAAAUUGGAAGGCGAGAAAUGGAUUUGCGUUGAAGCUCCACAUAAAGGACAAUUGAAACAAAUUUCUGUUAGUUCGAUAGGAGUUUGGGCUGUGGAUUAUCGAGCAAGAUUGCACGUCAGGAAGGAAAUCACGUCGAGUGCUCCCGGGGGGACCCACUGGCAGACUCUUGAACCUGAUCCACCUAUUUUGAAUUCGGCACCUAAUACAACGGGUUUCAAACAUGUUAGUGCUGGAAACAGUCAAGUUUGGGCAACUACAAAUGGAGGAGUCAUUGUCCGACGAGAAGGCAUAUGUCCAGCAAACCCUGCAGGAUCUGGCUGGGAUAUUGGAAUACCUGGCAAUUGGCAGCAUGUGAGUGUGAGAGCCUUCAGCUAGACUAUAUUUGAAUGGAGAAUACAAACAAUGUGAUGAAUUUUAUCCAAAGCUAGUUCUAAGUCUGCUUUAACAAUUUUAAAGAAUUUUAUUUAUAUGAGCUAUAAGUUUUAUUUAGCUUCAGUUUAUUUCUAUUUAAAAAUAUAUAGCUUUUGCAAAACUUUUUCAUACUUG